UUAUCAGUCCUUGCGUCAGUAGAAGUGUUUGCUCUGUCCAAUACAGGAUUCAGAUUUGUAGCAUGAGAUAUUAUUCACAAAGAAUCCAGAGAUCUUGGAGAUAAGCGACCUUCCUGGAUGGCUUUCAGAGGAGAUGUGAUCUGCAGCAGCUUCGUCUGAACUUUAGCAUUGAACAUAAGGAGUGUUUAUAUUUGUUAUUUUUGCAGAAUUUGAUUUUAGGAAUCGGUCCCUUUAAACAAGUUUGCAAAGUCGAUCUUACUACGGCGAUAACGAGUGAACGUUAAAAAAAAAAAACAGUUUGGUGAAUGAUUGAAAUGACACAAUACUCCUUGUUCCUCGUAUGUAGUUAAUCAGUCAGGAGGUUCAGUUUAGUGUUCCCUUAGUUUUGCAACUCUGAUGUAGAUAACAAGUCCCAUCAAUGUUCUUUUGUAAACAUCUGGAUGUUUGUGUGUAUCCGCUUGUACAGAAACGUGAAGCUGUUGUUGUUUAGUGUGCAGAUGUUGUUUAGAAAACAGCCUGUUAACGAGUGGAAGGAGUAGAUAAAGAUUUACGAAAGGUUUUAUUGGUAAGACUUAAAUUAAGACCUCAGUUUCUUGUAAGGAAGCAAACAUCAGACACCAAACCUUCUGGAGCGAACAGGGUUUGAUUGUUUAAAUAGUGAUUGCUCUUAAAGAUUAUCAUUAGGCCAGUGAUUAUAAACAGUUAAACCCGUCACGCACUACAUGGCGAACGUGGACACGUCGCCCCGCCCACCGUUUUACUUUGGAUAAAGGCAGAUUUUUGGGCAGUGCUUGAAGACCAGAUUUAAAGACUGUCCCAUCUGGAAGAUAGCAUCAGGACAGCAGCUGCUCCUGCUCACUGGAUGAACCUUCUGUUUGUGUGUUCAGGACUCGGGUGGAUGUCUCCGUGAGCAUGUGUGCUGUAUGAUGCGCUCGCUUCAGGACUUGAAACAGCUACACCGGACUUGUGCCAUGCCGGCCUCCUCUGGCCCCUGCAAGGUGCUGAUUGGACGGCGCGACCGGCGAGCGCGGCUCAGAGUCAGCGACGCCAGCGACACCAGCAGCUCUGACUCGGCCUGUCAGCUCUCCUGCCCCAUGGAGGACGAGGACAGCAGUGCGGCCAGCAGUCUCGAAUUUGACUCCGGCUACUCCGAGGCAUCAUGGCCUGACGAGGGACCUGUGGUGCUGCGCAAAUUCAGAAAAGUGCGCGCUGCUUCGGUCGAUUUUAAUCUAGAACCGAGCCCCCCUCCCAGGACACGUCCCAAAUCGACGUCGGACGCCUGCCUGGAAAAGUGGACGUCGUUCGAGGUGCCGAGUGAACCGGAAGACUGGACGGCGGCACUGCUGACACAAGGGCGCAACCGCCAUCCGCUCGUUCUCGGGGACAACAGCUUUGCUGAUCUCAUUCAGAACUGGAUGGAUUUGCCAGAGUGCCCAUCAGAACCGACGGAACCGAAGCCGAGCACAAGCAAGCAGUUAGCCAAGGACUUUCUGGUCAACAUGAGGCGGAGGAUAGCGAGAAUUUCACAGAACUUAGACGGGCAGAAAAAACUGGUUUUGGACUCAUCUCGUUCAAACAGGGCUGCCACGGCGACCAAACGACUCUCGUGUCCUGUCGAUGUUCCGCGGAACGUUCCAUUUUUCCACAAAUCUCACUUGGACCUUCAGGAACAGGAUACAGAUUUUUACCGUUUCACAGCACUCAUGAAGACCGGCAGCCGGCAGCCGAUCAUCUGUAACGACAUCAUCGGAUACAUAUGAGUGACCGAGCGGAUUAUCUGACUGAACGGACAUGUCGCUUUUAUAACAAACAUCUGUAUUGUUGUUGCCAUGAUGCUAAUGGUCAAGCUAACCAUAAUAAUGCACAUACUAUAGUAACAUUAUUGUAAUAAAAACACCUUGUACAUUUGA